UUUUCCCCAGUGACCUUGACAAGUGACAGCUUGAAAGAGGGAAAUCCGGAUGUCUCCGUUAUGAAGUAGAGCAGUGGGAGCUUCCACAUAUUUCCAGGACUCUCCACCCAGCCUGGUGAUUGAACACCCGCCUGCCUUACUGCGUGUGGCCAUCUGCAGUGCCCCCGUGGCUCUCAGGACUUGGCACAAUGACCAAGUACUUCAACCUGGUGUUGCUUCUUGCCUCCGUAUGGACCACUAGGCUUCUGGUCCAAGGCUCUGUCCGAGUACAAGAGCUCGUUGCAAUGUCAUGCAGAAUUAUGGGGGUCGCCCUUGUGCAGAAAAAGAUAGAACCACAGCUGAAUUUCACAGAAGCCAAGGAAGCCUGUAAGCUGCUCGGACUAAGUUUGGCCAGCAAAAUCCAAGUCGAAACAGCAUUGCUAUCUGGCUUCGAAACUUGCAGUUAUGGAUGGGUUGCAGAACAAUACCCUGUCAUCCCUCGGAUUAACCAGAACCCCAAGUGUGGGAAGAAUGGGAAAGGCAUCCUGAUUUGGAAAGCUAAAGCUCACCAAAAGUUCAGGGCCUAUUGUCACAACUCAUCUGAUAUUUGGGUCAACUCAUGCGUUCCAGAAAUUAUCACCACCCCUGAGCCCUUAUCUGACUUUGAAACCGAAACCUACAGUGUAGAGUUUACUGCCAGUGACAGCACCUUCUCAGCAUCAGCCCCGUACUCUACAACCCCUGCUCCUGCCACCACUCCUGCUCGGGCUGCCACUUCUCGGAGGAAAAAAUUGAUUUGUAUCACAGAAGUUUUUACAGAAACUAGUUCCGUGCCUACAGAAACAGAGUCAUCCUUUGAAAAUGGGGCAAUGUUCAAAAAUGAAGCUCCUGGGUUUGGAGGCGUCCCCACGACUCUGCUCGUGCUUGCUCUGCUCUUCUUCAGUGCUGCAGCUGGUCUGGCAGUCUGUUACGUCAAAAGGUAUGUGAAGGCCUUCCCUUUUACAAACAAAAAUCAGCAGAAGGAAAUGAUUGAAACCAAAGUAGUAAAGGAAGACAAGGCUGAUGACGAAGAAUCGAAGAAAACUGAUAAUAACCCAGAAGAGCCCAAGACGCCACCCAAAACUACAGUGCGAUGCCUAGAAGCUGAAGUUUAGACAAGAAGCAAGAGGAACACCUGAGGCUGGUUGCUUUCCUGAUCCAUAGCCGGGCUCCAGGUGGGGAAACAGAGAGCCAAAGAACCACAGAAGAAAAUUCGCCAUCAGUUCCUAACAAGGAUCAGCUGGGGCUUUCUUUGGACGAUGGAGUUCUCCAAAGGAAGCUCUCUUCUCCCUUUACUCCUUUCUGGAUCCUAUGCUCCUACUCCAAAUCCUCCCAUAGCCUUUCUAGCCUGGCUGUGUCCUAACAUCCCAGAGGGAGAGAGGAGCUUUUAAAGCCCAAGAGCCUACAACAGCUCAUCAGCGCACAUCUGUAAACGGGUCUCCAGGUUGCCUGAGAGGGGGUGGUGGUGUGGGCAGCAGAGUAACUGAGACCGAGCUAGACCCAUGGCCCACAGUCUUUUUCGGGUCUAAAAAGGAAACACCUGUACCACCUGGCCAUGUCCUUCAAAACCAGGGGCAAGUAAAAGAAGGUAGAACAAGCCACUGAAAUUCCCAUGACUUGAGACCUAAUCUCUGCAAACACUCAAUAAACAGAGCACUAGGAGGAGGCUGUUACUAACACCACCGUAGCCAGCAGGGACUAUCAGCAGACGGGGCCAGGUAUUAGAGCAGGACUAAAAGCAGACAGGUAUUCUUCUCUGAGUCAGUUGAGUUGCAAUCACUUUUUAGAACAUACAUACACUUUCUUUUCUUUCUGUUGCUGCUAUUUUCUCUAAAAUAAACAUCUAUAAGAAACAAAAAAAUACUCCUAGAAAUUUCUAGUUUUACCUGAGCUAUAGAAACUAUUACUAAGGAAAAUUACUGUGUUAAAAGAAAAGUAAUAAAAUUCAACAAUAUCUGCUACAGGUCUAGUAUCUUUAUUCUAAAAUGUUUGGAUUCAGAGUAUUUUCAGAUUUUGGUUCUUUUUAGAUUUAGAAAUAGUUGCACAUAGGUAAAGAGAUACCUUGGGGAUUAGCUCUGACGCUAAACAUGAAAUUCAUUUAUGUUUCAUAGCUACCUUAUAGGUUGAAAGAAACUUUAUGCAAUAUUUUUAACUGUUUUAUGAUUGAAGUUAAGUAUCAUGGUAAAGAGUUUUCCACUUGGAAGUGUCAUAUUGAUGCUCAAAUUUUGGAGCUUUUUGGAUUUUUGGAUUAAGGAUGCUCAACCUGUGUAUGUCAGGUGCUCUGCAAGAUAUAUACUCUGUAAUUCAAUAUUAGUCAUCCAAACUUGAGCAUAGCAGAGGGCUGUCUAAAAUUAAAUUGUCCAACUUUGAUAUUUCUAGCUUAUCUACUUUCCACCUAAUUUUUAAACUGAGACUAAUCUAUUCAUUUUCUCUAAUAUGACAAUCAUUAUAACUUUAAUUGAUUAUUAACAUGCCUAAGAAGUACAUUACCUCUAUACAUCAGAGCACAUUUCUAAAAUGCCAUUAACAAAUGUAUCACUAGCUCUAUUUUUUUCUAGCAAGAAGAGUCAGAGGUGCAGAAAUAUUUGUGCCCCAAAAUAAUUAAAUAAAUUCUUUAGAUAAUU